CGUCCAAACUGCGGUCUUCCUGCCCGCAGCGACCCGAGAGCGAGCAGAGCGCGGAGGACUGGGAAGCGGAGCGGAGAGGACCGGAGCGCGGAGGAGCGCACCGCCCCACACCGCACCGCACCGCACCGCACGCAGCGCCGCCCAGCCCAUCCGCCGGGGGCUGCGCCCGGGUCGCCGAGGCGGCGGCCGCAGCUUCGACUCCCUCCUCCUCGCCGGCUAACAUGAGAGAUCAUGGCCGCCUUCGGGCUUCUCAGCUAUGAGCAGAGACCGCUGAAGCGCCCCCGGCUCGGGCCGCCCGACGUCUACCCGCAGGACCCCAAGCAGAAGGAGGAUGAGCUCACAGCUGUGAAUGUAAAGCAAGGCUUCAACAACCAGCCAGCCUUCACUGGAGAUGAACAUGGCUCUGCCAGAAACAUUGUUAUUAACCCAUCAAAGAUUGGAGCUUAUUUUAGCAGCAUAUUAGCUGAGAAACUAAAGCUUAACACUUUUCAAGAUACUGGAAAGAAGAAACCCCAAGUUAAUGCUAAAGAUAAUUACUGGCUGGUAACUGCUCGAUCUCAGACUGCAAUUCAUAGUUGGUUUUCUGACUUAGCAGGAAAUAAACCACUUGCUAUUUUGGCAAAAAAGGUUCCCAUUCUUAGUAAAAAAGAGGAUGUUUUUGCAUAUUUAGCUAAGUAUUCUGUGCCAAUGGUUCGAGCAAUGUGGCUGAUCAAGAUGACCUGUGCCUAUUAUUCUGCUAUUUCUGAAGCUAAGAUUAAGAAACGUCAGCUUCCCGAUCCCAAUUUGGAGUGGACACAAAUAUCUACCAGAUACCUUCGAGAGCAGUUGGUGAAGAUUUCUGACUUUUACCACAUGGUCUCCAGUACAAGCGAUGGCCCUGUCCCUGUGCCCCCAGAGGUGGAACAAGCCAUGAAACAAUGGGAGUACAAUGAGAAGCUGGCAUUUCACAUGUUCCAGGAAGGAAUGUUGGAAAAGCAUGAAUAUCUUACAUGGAUCUUGGAUGUUCUAGAGAAAAUCAGACCAAUGGAUGAUGAUCUUCUUAAACUCUUGUUACCACUAAUGUUGCAGUAUUCAGAUGAAUUUGUUCAGUCAGCCUACCUGUCCCGACGUCUUGCCUACUUUUGUGCCCGGCGUCUUUCCCUGCUGCUGAGUGACAGCCCCAGCCUGCUGUCUGCCCACUCGCCCCACAUGAUGAUAGGACCAAACCCUGCAAGCAUUGGGACCCCUAGUCCCGGUCCCCCGGGCCCUGGCAUGAUUCCCGUGCAGCUGGCCUUCUCAGACUUCUUGUCCUGUGCACAGCAUGGCCCCCUGGUUUAUGGACUCAGUUGUAUGUUACAGACUGUCACCCUCUGUUGCCCAAGUGCCUUGGUGUGGAACUAUUCCUCAAAUGAAAACAAGAGCACCAACCCAGGCUCACCCCUGGACCUGCUGCAGGUGGCCCCUUCCAGCCUCCCCAUGCCGGGUGGGAACACAGCCUUCAAUCAGCAGGUUCGGGCAAGGAUUUACGAGGUAGAGCAGCAGAUAAAGCAAAGAGGCCGUGCAGUGGAAGUUCGGUGGUCUUUUGACAAAUGCCAAGAGUCAACAGCAGGGGUGACUAUUAGUCGGGUUUUGCACACGCUGGAAGUCUUGGAUCGUCACUGUUUUGAUCGAACUGAUUCUAGCAAUUCAAUGGAAACACUGUAUCAUAAGAUUUUCUGGGCAAACCAGAACAAAGAUAACCAAGAGGUUGCUCCCAAUGAUGAAGCUGUGGUGACACUGUUGUGUGAAUGGGCUGUGAGCUGCAAACGCUCAGGCAAGCACAGGGCCAUGGCUGUGGCCAAACUCUUGGAGAAGAGGCAAGCGGAAAUUGAGGCAGAGAGAUGUGGUGAGUCUGAAGUUCUAGAUGAGAAGGAAUCUAUUUCUUCAGCCUCUCUUGCUGGAUCCAGUUUGCCUGUUUUCCAGAAUGUUCUUCUAAGGUUUUUAGAUACACAGGCUCCCUCAUUGUCGGAUCCCAACAGUGAAUGUGAGAAAGUGGAAUUUGUGAACCUGGUGCUGCUCUUCUGUGAGUUUAUUCGUCAUGAUGUCUUCUCCCAUGAUGCAUACAUGUGCACCCUCAUCUCCCGAGGAGACUUGUCAGUCACAGGACCACGGUCACCAGCGGGGGAUAAUAUGGAUGAGCACUAUUUAAAGGACCAUGAUGGGAAAAUGGAGGAACAGAGUAUUAUGGCGCAUAUGGGUCUUGACUCAGGAACCACUAACAUUUUUGAUGAAGUAGACAAGAGUGACUUUAAAACUGACUUUGGUUCGGAGUUUCCAAUUUUCUCUCCUAUGCCUGGAGAGUCCUGUGAGAGUGCUAACCCUUCCUUGGGCAGAAGGAUGUCAGUGAAUGGUGAGAAGUUAGUGAAGAGGGAAAAGUCCAGAGACUUAAUUUUCCCAUCUAAUUAUGACCUCCUCCGUCACUUGCAGUAUGCAACACAUUUUCCUAUACCUCUGGAUGAAUCUUCAAGUCAUGAAUGUAACCAGCGCACAAUCCUUCUCUAUGGAGUUGGCAAAGAGCGUGAGGAAGCUCGACACCAGUUGAAGAAGAUUACCAAAGAUAUUCUGAAAAUCCUGAACAAGAAGAGCACCACAGAAAUGAGCGUUGGGGAUGAAGGGCAAAAAGCCAGGAAGAACAAACAAGAAGCAUUUCCAACACUGGAGACAGUAUUUACAAAACUCCAACUCCUUUCCUAUUUUGAUCAGCAUCAAGUGACAUCUCAGAUCUCUAACAAUGUGCUGGAGCAGAUCACCAGCUUUGCCUCAGGGGCCUCUUUUCACCUCCCUCUGGCUCACCAUGUUCAGCUCAUCUUUGAUCUCAUGGAGCCUGCACUGAAUAUCAAUGGACUGAUUGACUUCGCAAUACAGUUACUAAAUGAGCUGAGUGUGGUGGAAGCUGAACUGCUCCUAAAGUCCUCCAGCCUGGCCGGAAAUUACACAACAGGACUGUGUGUCUGCAUCGUGGCUGUUCUUAGGCGGUAUCAUAGCUGUCUGAUCUUGAAUCCUGAUCAGACAGCCCAGGUGUUUGAAGGACUGUGCGGUGUGGUGAAGCAUGUUGUCAACCCCUCAGAAUGUUCUUCUCCAGAAAGAUGCAUCUUAGCCUACCUCUAUGAUCUCUAUGUGUCCUGUAGCCACCUCAGAAGUAAAUUUGGAGACCUUUUCAGUAGUGCCUGUUCAAAAGUAAAGCAAACCAUAUAUAACAAUGUGAUGCCUGCAAAUUCCAACCUGCGGUGGGACCCAGACUUCAUGCUGGACUUUAUUGAGAACCCAUCAGCCCGCAGCAUCAACUACUCAGUGCUGGGCAAGAUCCUCAAUGACAAUGCUGCCAAUCGCUACAGUUUUGUCUGCAACACCCUCAUGAAUGUGUGCAUGGGCCAUCAGGACCCCUGCAGGAUUAAUGACAUAGCCAAUUUCUCCUCCGAGCUCACUGCCUGCUGUACAGUCCUCAGUUCAGAGUGGCUGGGAGUUUUGAAGGCUCUUUGUUGUUCUUCAAAUCACGUGUGGGGGUUUAAUGAUGUACUUUGCACUGUGGAUGUGAGUGACCUUUCAUUCCAUGAUUCAUUAGCUACUUUCAUUGCUAUUCUGAUAGCACGACAGUGUUUCUCCCUGGAGGACGUCGUGCAGCAUGUCGCACUGCCCUCUCUCCUAGCGGCAGCUUGUGGAGACGCCGAUGCAGAGCCCGGGGCGAGGAUGACAUGCCGACUCCUGCUUCACCUCUUUCGAGCUCCUCAGGCCUGCUUCUUACCACAAGCAACGGGCAAACCUUUCCCUGGAAUAAGAUCCUCUUGUGAUAGACACCUGCUAGCUGCUGCUCACAACAGCAUUGAAGUGGGAGCCGUUUUUGCUGUCUUAAAAGCAAUUAUGAUGCUUGGAGAUGCCAAAAUUGGUAGUAACAAUGUCAGCUCUUUGAAGAAUGAUGAAUUCACUGUGAGGGGCUUGCGACGUGAUGGGAAUGCCGAAGAUAUCUGGACUGCCUCACAGAACUCAAAAUCCUGUGGGAAAGGAAUUUCCAUAGAAACUGCCAAUUUAAGGGAAUACGCCAGAUACGUACUGAGGACUAUCUGUCAACAGGAAUGGGUAGGAGAACAUUGCUUAAAAGAACCUGAAAGAUUAUGCACAGACAAAGAACUUAUACUGGACCCUGUGCUUUCAAAUGUGCAAGCACAGAAAUUAUUGCAGCUCAUUUGUUAUCCUCAUGGCAUUAAAGAGUGUGCUGAGGGAGACAACCUGCAGAGACAACACAUUAAACGAAUUCUUCAGAAUCUUGAACAGUGGACAUUGAGACAGUCCUGGCUAGAACUACAGUUAAUGAUCAAGCAGUGCUUAAAGGACCCUGGUUCUGGUUCGGUGGCUGAAAUGAAUAACUUAUUGGACAAUAUUGCAAAGGCAACAAUAGAGGUAUUCCAGCAGUCUGCAGAUCUGAAUAGUAACUCCUCUAAUUCUGGCAUGAGCCUCUUUCACCCACAUGGUAUUGGAAAUACAGAUGCAAGUAGCACAAGGCAAAAUGGAAUAAAGACAUUUCUAAGUUCCUCUGAGCGCAGGGGUGUGUGGCUGGUGGCCCCCCUCAUUGCCAGAUUGCCGACUUCUGUUCAGGGAAGGGUGCUGAAAGCUGCUGGAGAAGAGCUGGAGAAGGGGCAACACCUGGGUUCUUCUUCAAAGAAGGAGAGAGACAGACAGAAGCAGAAAAGUAUGUCACUUCUGAGUCAACAACCUUUCCUCUCACUGGUCCUCACCUGCCUUAAGGGUCAAGAUGAACAACGGGAAGGCCUCUUGACAUCUCUCCAGAAUCAAGUGAACCAGAUUUUAAGUAACUGGAGGGAAGAGCGAUACCAGGAUGAUAUAAAAGCACGGCAGAUGAUGCAUGAAGCAUUGCAGCUCCGAUUAAAUUUGGUAGGAGGAAUGUUUGACACGGUACAGAGGAGCGCUCAGUGGACCACAGACUGGGCCCUCCUACUCCUGCAGAUAAUUACCUCAGGAACCGUUGACAUGCACACUAACAAUGAAUUAUUCACCACUGUUCUUGACAUGCUGGGUGUCUUAAUCAAUGGGACAUUAGCCUCUGAUCUCUCCAAUACCUCCCCAGGUGGGGCUGAAGAGAACAAACGUGCAUACAUGAACUUAGUAAAGAAACUGAAAAAAGAACUUGGAGACAAGCGGUCAGAAAGCAUUGAUAAAGUUCAACAGUUGCUACCUUUGCCAAAACAGACAUGUGAUGUCAUCACUUGUGAGCCUAUGGGUUCUUUGAUCGACACAAAAGGAAACAAAAUUGCUGGAUUUGACUCUAUCGAUAAAAAACAGGGGCUCCAGGUCUCUACCAAGCAGAAAGUGUCCCCGUGGGACUUGUUUGAAGGUCAGAAGAACCCAGCACCUCUGUCCUGGGCCUGGUUUGGGACUGUCCGAGUUGACCGAAGAGUAAUCCGAUAUGAAGAACAGCAUCACCUCCUUCUUUACCACACACACCCCAUGCCCAAGCCCCGGAGCUACUACCUCGAGCCACUGCCCCUGCCUCCAGAGGAGGAAGAGGAAGAGCCCACAUCUCCCAUUUCUCAGGAACCAGAAAGGAAAUCAGCUGAGUUGUCAGAUCAGGGAAAAAAUGCAGCUGAUGAAGAGAAGAAGACAAAGGGAAGGAAGCGCAAGACGAAAUCAAGCUCACGAGUGGAUGAGUAUCCACAGAACAACAUGUACCGAGUACCUCCUAAUUACUCACCCAUUUCCUCCCAAGUGAUGCACCACGCACAGUCGACCGUGUGGGGCUACAACCUUGUGGGCCAGCCCCCGCAGCCUGGAUUUUUCCUUCAGAACCAAUCCCUUACUCCAGGGGGCUCCAGGCUGGACCCUGCAGGCUCCUUUGUCCCAGCCAGUACCAAACAAGCACUGUCCCACAUGCUUCAGCGGCGCUCUGGUGCCUCGACUCAGCCUCCCACCCUUCACACACUCACUUCCCAGCAGCAAUUUAUACAGAUGAAGCUUCUGCAGCAGCAGCAGCAGCAGCAGCAGCACCGACUUCUCAGGCAGGCCCAGACUCGACCUUUCCAACAGACCAUGCCUCAGGGCUACACGAUGUACGGAACACAGAUGCCUCUGCAGCAGCCGGCUGGUGGUGCAGUCCUGUCCCCUGGCUAUAGCAGCAGAGCCUACCCAGCCGCACAUGCCAGCCCCGUGCUGGCGGACAGACUCCGGCAGGCGCAGCCCAGUGGCUAUGUGCAGCAGCAGGCACCGCAGUACCUGCAGACUGUGACUGGAGCCCAGAGACUGAAUCAUCAGGCUCUGCAGCAGAGCCCUCUGGUGGUCGGGGGUAUGGAUGCUGUGCUGACCUCCGCCCCCCCAGACCUCCCCUCUGUUCCCCUGCCUCAAGACCAGGGGAGGUCCCGCCAGCCACCAGCGCGACAGCAGCAGAGACUCCUCCAGAUGCAGCAAGCCCACCAGCCCCCCCAGACGCAGCAGCCCCCCCAGAACCAGAGUCAGGCCCUUGGCCUCCAAGCAAUGCAGCCCCAGCAGCCUUUGUUCCCCAGGCAGGGCCUGCAGCAGACCCAGCAGCAACAGCAGACUGCUGCCCUGGUGCGGCAGCUCCAGAAGCAGCUGUCUAGUAACCAGCCACAGCAAGGAGUGACUCCCUACGGGCACCCUUCACACUUCUAGAACUGGAAGAGAAGACAUGCAGUUUUAUGUGUGCACUGAAAAAUAGAAAGUCAAAUUUAAUGUAUUAGUCAUCCAAAAAAAUGUCCCUUUUGUCUUUCAUUUCUUUAAUGUUUUCUAAUAUUUUAUGCUGUAUUUCAUACAGAUACAUUUAAACAAAAAAAAAUGAACAAGUGGUUUGGUUUUGUCACAUUCAACUUUAAAGCAGACCUAAAAAGGUAGAUCAUGCUGGCCCACACCAAGAGUGUGAUAGCAGGCCUCUUGAAAUUGGUGCUUUUUAAAAAUCUCAUAUUUACAGAAGGAAUUAUGGUUAGUUUAAAAAUUAUGUAUUUGUUAAUGGUGAAAAAGGUAUUGUUGUUUCAAAACUGGUGGACCAAACUGCUGAUUUGAAAGGCAUGGCAGGUCUUGCAGGAACAUGACCUAUUCAUUCACCUGUGAUGGUGAAAUGGACAUUUAUUUUCAUCACUCUAAUUUGAAAUGUUUAUAAUUUCAUAAGCACUUUAUAAAAUUCAUUCUUAUUUAUGUAGGACUUUGUUUUUGUUGUGGUCAAAGGUGCUGAAACAGAUUGUUGCUUACUACUUGAACUUCCAAGGCUUCUGCAGUAGCUACCCUGAGAUUCAUGGGAGCCUUUUAGGAGCUGUACUCAGAUUUGUUUUCAGUAGCAAGCGCCUUGGCCAGAGUCUUCGUGAGGGUUCAUCCUGUGACACCCACAGGCAUUGCCUGUGGAGUUGUCCCACUCAUUGACUACCAGCCUGGCAAAUGUGACCACCUGGUUUUGGUUCUCCUGAACUUAAUGCCAGCUUGCCAGCCCUGCAGCUGCCCUGAGAUUCCACAGUGCACAAACCUGGCAUGGGUCCAAAGACUCUAGUCCUAUAGUCCAGAAGGCUCUGGUUUUCAUAAGAGGUGUAUUUAGUGUUUAUUUUGUGAGGUAAGUAUUUGCUGUUUUGAAUUUAAUUAUCAAUGUUGUCAGUCUUGAUUGUGCAUUUACACAUACUGUAUUUAUAAAUUGGUGCAAAAAGCACAAGUAAAUUAUACAUCAAAUUUAUUAUAAAGAAAUAGCAACUAUUUUAACUUUGUUCAAGUAUGUGGUAAUUUGCUCCUAUUAGAUAAUAAUAAUACAGUAAAUUAUUAUCAGUUUGUGUAACUUUAAGAGUAUUCCAUAUAAUAUUUUUUUAGAUUUAGAUGCAUAAAUUUUCGAAUGUGAAGAUUGCAGGGCAUUUAAAAACGUAUGUGGGGGAUAUUUUCCCAAGUUCUGUGUUAAUUCCUUUUCUUUUUGCCAUAUGAUUUUUAUGUAAUAUAGUUCAGCAUACUGUGAGAUUUGUCCAUAAUGAGCAAACAACAUAGAAUGAUUUUUUUAAAUGUAGCUUGUACAACUUCAGGCAUUUUCUUUGCAAAUCAUUAUAUAAAUUGUUUUUAUCUUCCCCGGUGGGUUACAUUGCAAAGUCUGACCUCAGAUACAUGUCAGCUCACUUUGCUGUGGAAGCACCCGUGUGAACUGCUUCGUACACUGUGAAAAUAUUUCACUCCAGCCACUCACUUUGUGUUUACUAUGGGCUGGGAAAGACUUUGCCAAAACAUUAAAUACCACUUUUUUCAUUAAAUUAACAUUCUAUCUGCUUUUGGAAGAUAUAUGUUUAUAUUUCAUCUGGUUUUGUAUAUCUUCCAUUUCUUCAAAGUAAUAUACUCUGUAACUCCAUCUGCAAAACCACUGAAAUGUGAAUGUUGUGCCUAGUGAGCGAGUCACAACUCGUCCUUGCUGGUUUCUUUCCAGAGAUUAUAGGUAGUUAAAAUGCCAUUUUUCAUUUUGAACCAUAUAUUUUUGUAGCUCUAUAUUGCAAACAGCAGUAAUACUGUUUCAUUAAUGAGUGUUAUAUUUGCAUAGCAUUUGUAUGCACUUUACAUGUUUUUAAGUUAUUAAUCAUUUUGUACAUGGGAUCUAUGGGGUAAACCUUUCUUGUUUUAAGGUAGGAAUUUGGGAAGUUUAGUAAAAAUGCAGGGGUUUUUUUCCACUGUACAUUACAAGAAAAGCAAUGGGAAUUUUUCAUUUAGUCAAUUUCCUCCUCUCGCUUUUCUAUCCUGACUGAUUUUUCUUCUCCUUCUUUUUCUAAAGCAAAUAUGUUAGUUUGUAUUGAUGUGAUCAUUAUAAGAAAAAAAGCUCUUUAAUUUUCUUGGUGAAUUGCCAAGACAAAUUUUGUUUAGAUUGAUGUCUAAUGAAUGGCAUGUUGUCCUAAUUCUUCCAUAUAAGCUGCUCUUUCCAUGUUCCUAAUAGGCUUGUAUUUGUUUUGUUGUCCCUCCCUGAAUGGACCUAGAGAGAGGUAAUGUUGCAGUAUGGUGAGUGCAGUCCCCAGGCUGUAGAGAGAGCCACUGGCAAGGUGGCCUGUCCGGGGACAGCCAGACAGUAACAUGGUUGGUGCAUAGUGACGUGGUUGGGGCACAGUGAAGAUCUCCCUGUGACUUGGAUGACUGGGUGGGUCUACCAUGCACUGUGUGCUCUCUGAUCAUCUACGAGAUUCCCACCACAUUCUUAAAUAGGUGAGUAAUGGAAUAGAAACAGGAAAAUUACA